UUAUUGCGUUACAUGAUAAUGCUUUAUUUGCCACCAAAUUGGGUUCUGCAUCGAAGUGAAUAGCUCAGUAAUUGCUUUGAUGCGUGAUUACGUCACCCCACCCCCUAUGCUAAGCCCCGCCAACGCGACGUCCUCUUCGGGUUGAGUCGGAUGCUUUCUCUCGCAUCAGCACCAGCUCGAGCUCGCUCGUCUCUCUCUCCGGGUGCGCGCGCGGGCCAGUAGGAGGAGAGGAGAGUCCCUUCAUCGCGCAGAGCAUCUCCACUUUUAAAACCUCUCUGCACACAUCAGGAGAGAGAGAGAGAGAGAGAGGAAGAGGGUGAGAAAGAGAGAGGGAACUAGAGAGAGAGAUAGGCUACAGAUAACGUCUAGCUCUGUUGCAACCCCGUCAGGCUACCCUGCUGACCGGAGCCGAAGGCCGAGGUGUUAUAGAAAUCAUGGCCAGUCUGCUUGAGAACCCCGUCCAGGCGGUGCUGUAUCUGAAGGAGCUGACGGCGAUCGUGCAGAACCAGCAAAGCCUGAUCCAAACCCAGCGGGUCCGGAUCGACCUGCUCGAGCGCAAACUGGACGAUCUGGUGGUGGAGAACAAGCAGCUGCGGGAGCGGGAGACGAAUCAGCCUCCACAUCAUCAUCAUCAUCCCCCACACCACCACCACCCAGCACAGCCAGGCCAGCUGCCCCAGGCCGAGCAGGCGCCCUCCGCUCCCCAGCAGGAGAUGCAGCUUGUGCCGGCUUCGACUCUUUCACCCAGCCCGGAGGAUUCUCCGGAGGACGCAGAGCGCCGGCCCGACUGCAAGGCGCUCAUCCCGCAGACGCAGACUCCCUCCUCGACCCUCACGCGGACAGGGGCACGGGCGCACACAUCAGAGAGUCAGACGGUUCUGCACCAGUUCUGCUGCCCCGCUCCUGAGGCUCAGGAGAGAGAGGCCAUCUGCUGCUCCGAGAGCCCCACGCUAGCGCCCUCUGGGGGGGAGGAGGAAGAGGCGGGACCGAAGGGGAAGGCCAGCCAACCAGAUGCCUCCACCUGUGCACACCCUCCCCAGUACGAACACACAGCUGACCUCGAGCAGACAACACAGAUGGAUGACCUGGAGCGUAAGUACGGGGGUCCGUUGAUCGCGCGCCGCGCGGCCCGGAAGAUCCAGACAGCAUUCCGGCAGUACCAGCUCAGCCGUAACUACGAGAAGAUCCGGACCUCCAUGUCGGAGCGGCGGGAGCCGCGGCGCAUGUCCGUGCGACGCAUGCGUCUCUCCCGGGACGGCUUCUCCGCCGAGCAGGCCCUCAUGGAGGGGUGUAAGCUCAUGGGCAUCCCCCUCACACACUCCGCCUCCGCCCCCGCAUGCAGCCAGGGCACACUCACCAACCUGGAGGACACCUUCACUGAACAGGUGCAGUCUCUGGCCCGCUCCAUCGACGAGGCUCUGAGCAGCUGGUCCACGGUGGGGGGGCUGUCUGGGGAGGGCGAUGGAGACGGAGUGGCUGACGGGGGCGGGGGUCGGGGCGAGGGUCCGCUGGUGGACCCCCCCUGCAUGAGAGAGAACCUGCCCCGCAGCGCCAGCAAGCUCAUGCUGGCCUUCCGCGACGUCACGGUGCAGAUCGACAACCGCAACUACCGCCUCUCCUCCUCCGCCGUGCUGGAGUCCGUGGCCCUCGGCAGCACCAGCAGACCAGAGCACAGCGCCCCCCAGGGGCCAGCGCCAGAGGCGGCAGGCGGCAGCGUCAGCGGAGGGGUCCAAUCAGAGAGUGAGCCCGACUUCCCCGCCCCCCCGUCUCGAGAGGAGAUGGAGGAGGAGGAGGGGGUGGACGGAGAGCCGCCGGGGAUCGAGGCGGAGGUGGGGAGGUGCGGAGGAGGAGGAGGCAGCAGGAGGCCCAGCCAGACGCGGCCCGAGGGGGUGGAGAACAGCACGUCCACGCCCGGCCAAUCAGAGACCAUGGUCCUCUCUCUGCCCCGCCCACACUGCCAGGACACGCCCCUCUGUGGAACGCUCUCCACGGAUACUGGACGGAAACGCCUCUACAGGAUCGGCCUCAACCUCUUCAACCUAAACCCAGACAAGGGCAUCGAGUUCCUGAUCUCGCGAGGCUUCAUCCCAGACACGCCCAUAGGCGUGGCACACUUCCUGUUGCAGAGGAAAGGGCUCAGUCGACAGAUGAUCGGAGAGUUCCUGGGAAACUCUAAGAAGCAGUUUAACAGAGACGUGCUAGACUGUGUGGUGGAUGAGAUGGACUUCUCUGGGCUGGAGCUGGAUGAAGCUCUGAGGAAGUUUCAGGCUCAUAUCCGCGUCCAGGGAGAGGCCCAGAAGGUUGAGAGACUCAUCGAGGCAUUCAGUCAGCGGUACUGCAUGUGCAACCCUGAUGUGGUGCAGCAGUUCCACAACCCCGACACCAUCUUCAUCCUGGCGUUCGCCGUGGUGCUGCUCAACACGGACAUGUACAGCCCCAACAUCAAGCCUGAGCGCAAGAUGCUGCUGGAGGACUUCAUACGCAACCUCAGGGGUGUGGAUGAUGGAGCAGAUAUUCCCCGUGACAUGGUGGCUGGCAUUUACGAGCGCAUCCAGCAGAGGGAGCUGCGCUCCAACGAGGACCACGUGACGUACGUCAGCCGCGUGGAGCAAAGCAUCCUGGGAAUGAAGACAAUCCUGGCGGUCCCUCACAGGAGACUGGUGUGUUGCAGUCGGCUCUAUGAGGUGACUGAUGUGAACAAGCCCCAGAAACAAGCCUCCCAUCAGAGAGAGGUCUUCCUCUUCAACGACCUCCUAGUGAUCUUGAAGCUGUGUCCUAAAAAGAAGAGUGCGGCCACAUACACUUUCUGUAAAGCCAUGGGCCUGCUGGGCAUGCAGUUUCACCUGUUUGAAAAUGAGUACUACCCCCAUGGCAUCACGGUUCUGUCUCCGUUCUGCUCGGAGAAGAGGCAGGUCGUGAGCUUCAGCGCCCCCAACACCGACGAGCUGCUCAAGUUCGUGGAGGACCUGAGAGAAAGCAUCACAGAGGUGGCCGAGAUGGAGAACAUACGCAUCGAGUGGGAGCUGGAAAGACAGCAUGGAAUAAGGAGCCAGCCAGCCCAAACUAACCAAAGUCAGAUGGAAAUCCAUAUUGGGCAAGGCAUACCCACUGGAAACCAUGAGUACUACGAGAAGAGUGGAAACAAUACGGUGGAGGUGUCAAUUCACAACAGGCUCCAAACGUACCAGCUGGCCACCUCCCCCCAGAGCCUCCUCAGCUCCCCGGCCACGCCCCUCGCCGGCGUCCACCCCCUGGCCGUCCUGCCUAGCGUCCUGCCCCCGCUCUCGCCCCUGGACACGCUCAUCCAAUGCCAGCAGAUCGUCAAGGUGAUCGUCGUGGACGCCACGGGCCGCGGCCGCGUCGAAGCCUUCCUCAGCCACAGCCCCGCCCAUCAUCGCCUCAUCCAGUCGGCUGACUCCUCCCCCUCGCGGUCCCGGGAGAGCGUGACCGACGGGAAGGGCGGGAGCAAUCCGCCCCUCCCCCCGCCCCCCCCUCCCUACCACCACCCACAUCAGUACUGCCCCCCCACCCCCCCGCCACAGCACCACCUGCUCAGCAGACACAGGGCGCUGUAUUACACACAAGAGUGA